AUGAUCAAGGAGAAGGGCACAGCGAGGAUGUGGCUGGAUCUAGCUCUGGUGUCCGUGUUCCUCGGGAUGGCAUAUGGAGAAUGCUUCUUGAACUCCCCAGCUCCUAAGAACCCAGAAGCAGGGAUGAACAUUAGUGAAAUGGUCUCCUUCUGGGGGUACCCCAGCGAGGAGUAUGACGUGGUGACAGAAGAUGGCUACAUCCUGCAGCUCAACAGAAUUCCUCAUGGGAGAGGAAAUGCUGGGUGCCAAGGUGUGAGACCCGUGGCACUUCUGCAGCAUGGUCUCCUUUCAGAAGGCAGCAGCUGGCUCACCAACUUGCCCAACAGCAGCCUGGGCUUCAUCCUGGCAGAUGCUGGCUACGAUGUCUGGAUAGGAAACAGCAGAGGGAACACCUGGUCCAGGAGACACCAGGUCCUGAUUACCACACAGGAUGAAUUCUGGGCUUUCAGCUUUGAUGAGAUGGCUAAAUACGAUCUGCCAGCUAUGAUCAGCUUUAUUGAGCAGAAAACAGGACAGAAACAGCUCUAUUAUAUUGGCCAUUCCCAAGGCACCACGAUAGGUUUUAUAGCCUUUUCCACUAUGCCCCAGCUGGCUCGGAAAAUCAAGCUGUUCUUUGCUCUUUCACCUGUGACCACAGUGAUAUUUUCUCAGAGCCCGUUUAGAAAACUCUCAUUCUUUUCUGACUCUGGGCUUAAGGAGCUGUUUGGCACCAGGGAGUUCCUGCCACACACUGCCCUGGGGGAGCUGGUCCUCUCCAGGUUCUGUGUCUGCUCCAAGGUCUGCAAGCGCAUCCUGGCUACAGUUUUCGGGUUUAACUGGAAGAACACAAACAUGAGCCGAUUUGAUGUGUACAUGGGACACACCCCGGCGGGGUCCUCAGUCCAGAACAUCAUCCACUGGCUGCAGGGAGUCCAUGGUGGGGCACUGAGAGCUUUUGAUGGUGGGCACGUGUACAACAGCCUUCACUACCGACAGGGAGUCCAUGGUGGGGCACUGAGAGCUUUUGAUGGUGGGCACGUGUACAACAGCCUUCACUACAGACAGCCCGGCGCUCCGUUCUACGACGUGCAGACCAUGGAGGUGCCCACGGCCAUCUGGAACGCGGGCCAGGACUGCCUGGCCGACCCCCGGGACACCGCCCUCCUCCUCCCCCAGGUCAAGAACCUGGUGCACCACAAGCUGAUCCCUCACUGGAACCACAUGGAUUUUGUGCUGGGCCUCGAUGCCACCGAGGUUUUGUACCGGGAAAUCCUUGACAUCAUGAAGAAGCAUCCCUAA